GACGCCCCUGCCGGGGACAAGCGGCUGUGGGCCCUAAAGCCGCCUGGGAUGGCGGAACGUGGGCGGAAACACUGACUGCCGUGCCGUGAAGGUGUUCUCACUGCGUGCGGUUGCUGCCCGGUGACCAUGGACUUUGCGGAUGCCGGUCAAGGGGGAGGAAAAAGACGAUUAUCUGUUUUGUCUCAUGGUUGCUUCUCCUUGGCUGGUUUAGAGUUUUUUUGGAUCGCCUGUUGCUUUCUUUUGUUAUUACUUUACUCCGUUUUUAUUUAUUUACUUAUUCAUUUUUGCAGUCCUGGGGAUUGAGCUCAGAUACUUAUUUUUUUAGACUGAGAUUCAUUUAUAUCUUAAGACUGGAUCUCACUAAAUUGCUCAAGUAGCCCUUGAAUUUGUAAUCCUCAGCCUCUGGAGUACCUGGCAUUAUAGGCAUGUGCAAACACUAGCUUGGCUUGUUGCUUUGUUAUUAAAUCCCCAGAUAAUUCUAUUGCAAAUCACUACAUAACGAGAGAUUUUUGAGGCUGUGACUUUCCGCAUUCAGGUUUAUAAACCACUGGGUGAACUGUGAUUUCUAUGAUUCUAUUUUCUCUUUGCACAUUGAUGGACACUGUAUGAUAAGACCACCAUUUUCACUCUUCAUCACUUUAAAGUACACAUGUUGAUAGAAAACUGAGUGCCAGACACAUUUGUAUUUUCAUGUGUGGAUAGCUCAAUUUUCAGUUCCCGUUACAAAGCUGAGGAAACAUGAGCCACUUGCAGAACUUACUGUUAGAUACCCUCCUAGGAACUAAGCAUGUGGACGGUGCAGCUCUCAUCAAACUCCAAGAGCGCAGCCUGUGUGUUGCAUCACCAGGAUUUAGUGUAAUGCCAAGUGAUGUUCGAACACUUGUGAAUGGAUUUGCCAAAAACCCUUUGCAAACCCGAAGAGAAGGAUUAUAUUUUAGAGAAAAGGAUUACAAAUGUGUCCGGGCAGAUGACUAUUCUCUUUAUGCUAAGAAUGAGAACACUGGUGUGGUUGUUGUGAAGACCCAUCUGUAUCUUCUGGUGGCCACUUAUACUGCAGGAAUGUAUCCCAGUGUCUGCGUAGAAGCCACAGAGAAGCUCGUAGAGUCCAUGAGCCCAGUGUUCCUCUCCAGUAAUGAGUAUCACACUGUAUGUGUGUGA